AUGAAGGGUGCAUUUUUACUCACCACACUAUCGCUGGCUUCUGCUGUUCAAGGAUGCGCCAUUUACAAGUUUUGCCAUUGCGUGAACGAUGAUGGCAAGCCUAACGAUGCCGCAACCUCGUUGACAUGCACCGAGGGCAAUCUAGAGACAAAAACAGAAGGAGACACCUCAUACCAAGAAUGUCACCUUUACAAGCGUCAUGGCUUCUUGAACGUAAAAGUCACAGGAAACGACAAUUGCAAAUGGCGCGAAACGUGUCAGCAAAAGGGUGCAACUGGAGCAGACUCAAGCUGCAGGGAUAAAGUAGCGAGUUAG